CAGAUUGCUGCCUUGGAGAUUCCCACUGUGGUGGGGUGAAAAGCACCAAUUUCCCCCCUUUAGAAAGAACCAAAGUCCCCGUUUUUAGGUGUACAUCCUAGGUGUUUCUUUGACUGAUAUGUGGCAGGAAUAAGGCGAACAGCAGCGCGUGGACAGAAGGCACAAAAUUAAGCUGUGAAGAGUUUGUAGAGGAAUCCAUUAGCAUGCUAUUCAACUCAAAAUAUAUGGAUGUAACAGGAUGAAACGUCUCAGGUCCUCGAGCAGCAGCGACAGUUCAGACAAUGAGAGUCCCUCUACCUCCUUCUGCUCCCCCAGCAAAUAUGGCGGCAAAUCUGGAACCCCAACCUCCAACCAGAAGAAACCGGCUGAAGUGUUCAGAAAAGACCUGAUCAGUGCCAUGAAGCUUCCUGACUCUCACCAUGUGUCUCCUGAGGAUUACUACCUGCUGGCCGACACCUGGAAGAUGGAGUGGGAGAAAGGGGUCCAGGUUCUGGCCAGUCCUGACACCAUCCCUGAGCCAUCAGUCAGGGCUAUGACAGAGAAAUCAAAAGAGGUUCUCUACAGCCACCAGAGAAAAUACAUCCAGUGCUCAAGUCAGGAGACGACAGAACCAGGCUAUGUCAACAUCAAGGAGCUGGCAGAGGCCAUGUGUCGCUAUGAUCUGGAUGACAUGGACCUUUACUGGCUGCACUCGCUCAACAUAGAGCGGCAGCGCAUGGGGGAGGAGCCAGUUGAUGAGAUGACGAUGGAGCGCACCAUAGAGGCUCUGGAGAGUCAGUGCCAUGACAACAUGAACCACGCCAUCGAGACAGUGGAGGGUCUGGGGAUCGAAUACGACGAGGACGUUAUCUGUGAUGUGUGUCGCUCCCCCGACAGUGAGGAGGGGAACGACAUGGUGUUCUGUGACAAGUGCAACAUCUGUGUGCACCAGGCCUGUUACGGUAUUGUCAAAGUGCCUGUAGGAAACUGGAUGUGCAGGACUUGUGUCCUUGGCAUCGACCCUCAGUGUGUCCUGUGUCCUCAGAAAGGUGGAGCCAUGAAGGCAACACGAGCAGGAACCAAGUGGGCUCAUGUGAGCUGUGCACUGUGGAUACCAGAGGUGAGCAUCGCCUGUCCAGAGAGGAUGGAGCCCAUCACAAAAGUGUCCCACAUCCCUCCCAGCCGCUGGUCUCUCAUCUGCAGUCUGUGCAAACUUAAGACAGGUGCAUGCAUCCAGUGUUCAGUGAAGAACUGCACCACUCCUUUUCAUGUGACCUGCGCCUUCGAGCACAGCCUGGAGAUGAAGACCAUCCUGGACGAGGGAGAUGAGGUCAAAUUUAAGUCUUACUGCCUGAAGCACAGUAAAUCUAAGACUGGGGAGUCUGGCCUGAGCCCAGCUCGCUCUAAACCCCCCGCCGAGGCGGAGAAGGUGGGCCAGCGGGCGCAGCGUCUGAAGGAACUGGAGGAGGAUUUUUAUACUUUAAUCCAGCCCGAGGAUCUGGCCCAGAGCCUGGGACUCUCUGAGUGCCUGCUGGACUUCAUCUACCAGUACUGGAAGCUGAAGAGGAAAGCCAACUUCAACAGAGCUCUGGUGCCCCCUAAAGCCGACGAGGAGAACAUGAUGCUGCAGCCGCAGGAGGACAGCAUCCACACCCGCAUGAGGAUGUUCAUGCACCUCAGACAAGACCUGGAGAGGGUGAGGAACUUGUGCUACAUGGUGAGCCGUCGGGAGAAGCUGAAGCUGCUGCAGAGUAAAGCUCAGGAACAAAUGUUCAACCUGCAUGUUAAGCUCGUGAACCAGGAGAUCUCUGCAGGUCUUAAGUCUUCAUUUCCAGUGGAGAGCAUGCUGUUUCAUCCUCCUCCAAGGAUUACUCUGAAGCUCAAAAUGCCCAAAUCCUCUGGUCACGGAAAUGGAAACGGGCCGCUCUGCCCGGACAACAGUGUGAACGUUAGUGAGAAGACAUCAGAGGGGCACGGGCAGGGGAAGCCUCAGCUGCAGAAAGAUGAACGCUCAAAUGGACGCCUGUCUACCUCAAGCAGCUCAGUGUUGCCUGUCAAACCCAGCGGUAAACCUCUAUCUCUGCACGCGGCGCUGCACGGUCAAACAUCCAACAGCAAAGGCAAAGUGGAGCAAGACCGAGCGUGUGCGGGGAAAUCUAACGGCCUGUUAGAGAAGUUAGUGGCUCAGAAGGACAGUUCCUGUCAGACACCUAGCGACCAGGAUGCUUCAAACCAGGCUUUGGACAAGAGCAGCUUUAGAAAGUCUGCCAUGGAGCACUUUGGUAGAUCCUUCAAAGAGGCCACCAUUAACCUGGUACGGACCACGGAGGGCCUACGGGCCUCUGACAAACUCUCCAAAAAGGGCUCAGCUAAAGAGAGAAUAUGGGCUAAACCAGUCUCUGAACAGAAAGGUAAAGGUAGUAGAUCAUACCAGGACAGUGAUGGGUAUUGUCCUGACCUGGAGCUCAGUGACUCGGAGCCGGAGAGACACAGGGCAAAAGGGAGACACCGCCGGCAGGCAGGGACGCCUCAGCAGGACGCUCCGAGGAAAGGAGUCAGCCGUGGGAAACAGCUGGGGUCCAGACCCUCCAUGCAAAGAAGUGAACAAGAGUCCAAAAGAGCAUGCUCCAUUUGACUGAAGUGGAUUGUAAAUGACAAAAACAGCAGCCAGCAUCAACACUAUCACAUUCAUGGAUAUAUUUUUUUCCUCAAACAUGUCAUUGCAUCAGCCUUCUUUGUUUUUUUUUAUGUUUCUA